AUGAAGGUAUAUCUGUCGGAUGCACCGAAACCCAAUACUUUCCUCGACAACCGCUGCGCGUCACCGGGAACAGGAAUUGAGCUCUGCCUCUCCUGCACGCUCAAAUUGAUACAAAUCCUAACUCUCCCCGGUGCUCGCGUUUGGCGUUAUACCCCUCUACCUCAGAUUGACUUGGCGCUCGUCCUCGCUUGGAAUAGACUUGAAUCUGUCUGGAAACAUUUGCCAACAGUCAAUGAGCCCUGGCAGCUCCAUUCGACACUCAUGUGCAUAGCGUCAAGAUGUCACAACUUGCAUUUUCCUCAAACCUCAUUGUCUUGCAUCCGUCUCGAAGACAUCGCUCCACAAUCCGAUCUCUCAGCUGAGACCGAACCAGGCACCGCUAACUCGCAAACUAACGAGACAAACCCUCUUUUUGAAUUUCAGAACAUUCGCAAGAUUUUGACUGCGGUGUCUAUGGUUGGCGCAGCCGAAACAAGUUAUCUAACAUUUAACAAGAUCUUCUCGUCGCCAGGGGCAAUAUGUGCGACUCAGGGCUGUCUCGACGUCUUGUCAGGCCCGUUUUCUUCCUUUUUGGGCAUCCCGCUCACGUUGCUUGGAGCAUUGGCAUACGGCGUAUUUGCGUACUUGGCAGUAUGGCCUCUCUCGGCAGACGAGGAAGAGGAUGAAGAAGGCACGUUGCUCACGCCUGAAGAAGUGUAUGGUAUAAGAGAUGCAGCGACGCGCCCAAUACUUCUUGCUCUGUCCACUGCUCUCUUCAUCUUCUCGUGUUAUCUUAUGUUUCUUCUGUUUUUCGUUAUUCAGAGCUAUUGCCCAUACUGCCUGUUUUCUGCAGUUCUGAGCACCUCUUUAUUCAUGUUGACAGCCUUCGUCGGUCGCGCAGUCCCGCGAGUUGGAGAUGCUUUACGGGUCGGGAUUGUGUCAACUGGCGUGUCAUCGAUCGCAGCAGCCUUACUCUUCUUCGUGGGGUACCCUCAACAUGUUGCAGCACAGAAUCCCGGAGAGCCUCAGGAACCUCCAGCUAUCACUAUGCGUUCUACGUCAGAUACUUUGAGAAUUGCGUCCAAGCUCAAAAGCAAGAACGCAAAAAUGUAUGGGGCAUUCUGGUGUAACCAUUGCUACGACCAAAAGCAAAGAUUUGGAAAGCGCGCUUUCGCCAAUAUUGAAUAUAUCGAAUGCGACAAGCACGGGAUGAAUUCUCAGUAUCAGCUCUGUCGAGACAAGCGAAUCCCCGGAUAUCCCACUUGGGAGCUUAACGGCGAGCUGUUUCCGGGGGAGAUCGAUCUACCAGAGUUAGAGCAGCUUGUUGAUGAGAGAACUAAAUAG